UAGAGAGCUGAUGUGGAGGGGAAGGGUAGCGCCUUGAAAAGAAUAAUCCCCUGAUGAAAAGACCCGUGUCCCGCAGCAAGAGCUCCCAACUCGGAGGUGGCGGGGCUGGAAGUUGCGAGGAAUGGAGCGGUCCCGUGGAAUUGCGCAGUUUUGCUUCCAAAGGGCUGGUGAGCGGGCAAAGCGAACGCGCAUUUCCACCUGGUUCCGAAAGAGGCCAUGGGGGCAAGCGAGGGGGAGGCGAAACGCGGCUCGAAAUGUUCCCAGUCUCCUAAAACGCGUCCAAAACGAUCGAUCUUCCGGAGAGGAGCCCCUGGCGCACCCGGGCUGCGCACAGGGGAGCCGAGGCAGUGCCCGCGGCGCAGGAUGGAGUGGCAGGUUCUGGUGCUGGCCUUUUGCCUGGGCCUGGCUCAUUCGGCCGCUGCAGACUGCGCAGCCCAGUGCGCCACCUGUGCCCUGCAGAGCCAGGAUCUGGAGCAGCGCAUCAAUCCGCUGAUCUGUUCCCUGGAGUGCCAGGGCGCCCUGCCGUCCCGCGUGGAGUGGGAGAGGUGCUACCACGCUCCGGCGGCGGAGGGCCCGGGCCUGUCCCCGCUGGAGGCUGAGGCGCCGGCAGAGCCAGAGGGGAGUCCCCUCCCCGGCGGCCUGGCCAAACGCUACGGCGGCUUCAUGAAGAAGCUGGACAAGAACCGGCUGGGCUCGCUCCUGCGGGAGAGCGCCCUGGGCAAAGGCGGCGCGGCCAAGAAGGACGCCGGCUUCCCCCGCCUGCCGGGCGAGCGGGCGGCCGCGGAGGACUACCCGGCGCUGGAGACCGGGGAGGAGCCCGAGGACGGCGAGCCGCGGGACGCGAGGAAGCGCUACGGAGGCUUCCUCCGCAAGUAUCCCAAGCGGAGGUCGGAGCGGGCCCCCGGCGCGGAGGGCCCGGAGCUGGAAGACCUGCACAAGCGCUACGGGGCCUUGCUGCGCCGGAUCCGCCCCAAGCUCAAGUGGGACAAUCAGAAGCGCUACGGGGGCUUCCUGCGGCGCCAGUUCAAGGUGACGACGCGGUCGGAGGAGGACCCGGCCGCCUACUCCGGGGAGGUCUCGGACCUAUAGGACCCCGCCCCCCGCCCCUCCCCGCACGGACUGCCUCGCUCACCCCGCCCCAUGCCCGGCCCCUGCUCAGCCAAGCGCGCCAGCCGAGGGAGCCAGAUGUUUAGCGCCAGCCACCGCCCAGGGUCCUCCCUCGCCCCCGUCUCCGCUCCGGGCCUGCGUCGUUCAGCGGCGGCGAGAGCAGGGCCCCGGGCGGAGGGGGAACCGACUAGUGAGCCCCAGAGAGGAGCCCGACGCAACCCCCCUCCCGCCCCAGCUGGAGUAUCCCGAGCGCGGAGGAAAGUUCCGUUCCGGAUCCAAACUUCGGGGCUGGCCCCUUUGGUCCAGCAGGGCCCAAACCCGAGCUCUAGGCCCAAAGGCUCCCGGCUUUGGGGGAGUUCGGCCGGGACCCAGUCAGCUGCCGCUGUUUGCUGCCGCAGCCCGUCCCCAAAGGGCCGCCAGGCCGGCACCAGGUGCUGCCAGGCGAUUCCAAUUGAAACGGCCUAAUGGAAACAGGCACCUGCUCCUCGCCUCGCGUCUUUGCAUUGCGGGGCCGCUGCAGAGAGCAGCCCGGCCCCCCGCGGGACCUGCCUCGCACGGGCUGGCAUCCUGCCGGGACGGCCUGCUCUGCAGACCCCCGCCUGGCUCCAUGAGAACCCAGCCCAGGCGCAGCUGUGGCCGGCCCCCUGCGCACGAGAGAGGCGCACGUCCCUCGAGGCGAUGACAUCACAAUGGUGGGGCGCUUCCGACGGCGCCAACCUCUCCCUGCUCCCCCGGGGGUUUCUAGGCCCAGGCGCGGAGGGAGGGGAGGGGAGGGGAGGCGGUGCGCCCCCCCGAUUGGCUGGCACAGCCCCGUGCUCUGCGCCUCGGAGCGCCGGCGUGCACAGAAUUGCAGGUGCCAAUAAUUAGGCGCAGGAGCGGGCACUAGCGGUACACGGGGGAUCGCGCUCGCCCAGAAUGACGGAAAGCAAUUAGGAGCCGUUUCUGAACGUUUGACUCCCCCUACAGCUCUCUCGGCAGCUGGCAACGUCCCCCCCCUUGCCUCCUCCCCGCUAAUGCUCAAUUGCAAGAGGCUAGGGAAACCAGGAAAGUAAGCCACCCUGGCUGUGUCUACACUGGCGG